AUGCCUCCUGAUCCUUCAAAGGGCAGUAGUUCUAAAAGUAAAAGCAUCCAGAAAUCUUCGAAGGAAAAUAUCAACUUAUAUGCUAUUCUAGAAGUAGAUAGGAAUGCAACAGCUGAGGAAAUCAGAAAAUCUUAUCGUAAACUCGCACUAAAAUAUCACCCGGACAAAAACCUAAGGGAUCCUGGGGCUUCUGAAAAAUUCAAAGAAGUCAAUAGAGCACAUUCUAUACUAGCUAACGAACAGAAAAGAAAAUUGUACGACCGGUAUGGAGCUCUUGGGAUUUACGUCGCAGAGCAUAUUGAUGAAGAAGACUGGAGGCCAUACCUGGCUUUACACAACCCUUGUGUACAGUGCCUUGCUUGUACCUGUUUCUUGUUAACAUGCUGUUGUUGCUUCCUCUGUUGUUGUUACUGUUGUGGUACACUUUAUCCAAAAACUCCCCCUGUUCCCGAUGAAAUGAAUGAAAGACAGAAAGAUUGCUUGAGCGGACGAUUGCUGUCACAAAAUCAACGUUAAAAGCUAAAUAAUUUUACCAUUGCCCACUGAAGAGAACCACUAGAAUUGCUACUCCUGGAACAUCCUUUAACUCCAGCCGUUGUUCAUAAAUGUCUUGGAAACAUUGGUCGCAUAGUCUAGGUCUAGCGGGUUAUUAUUUAUUUAUUUUAUUUAUUUUAACA